CAGCACCCACGGUGGCCGUCCACCUGCUGUUGCUGUAGUGAAUUCCAAAGUUCGUUUUUACAUCAUUUGAAACAAGCGUCAAAAUAACUUUAAUUAUUACUAUUUCGAAAUAAACUACUAUCCUGCUGUGCGCAACAUGUCCUUGGCCACCGCCAGCGGCGUGUGGCAGCUGCUGACAAGUCGCACAGCGCCUCUGCUGUUACGCCACCUGGGUUCCUCCGCUACGCCGAGGCGAACGGAGGACCCACGCGUCCUGACCGCUGAAGAAUAUGCGAAGCUACUCGAGCCGGAGGCGCAGCGUAGAUGUCUGGAGAAGAUGCGCAGCCUGCCGGCCUUUCCGCGUCCCAAGGCGCUGACGCCCAGUCGGCGGGAGAAGCAAACGUCCGCGGUGCUCAUCCUACUCUGCCAGGAGCGGGGCACUCAUGAGGUAUCCCUGCUAUACACGCGGCGAUCACGACAUUUGCGCAGUCACAGCUUUCAGAUCUCCUUUCCCGGCGGCAGGCGGGACGAGGAAGAUGCAAGCCAUGCGGACUGUGCCCUGCGCGAGACUGAGGAGGAGGUUGGUUUGCCGCGCCACCGCAUCGAGGUGUGGGGUGAGUCCUGCCAGCUGCACUUGCCGCGCACCUCGUUGAUUGUGCCGGUGGUUGGCAUGGUGCGCGACUUUAGCAUUUCGGAGCUGCGUCUCAACUUGGAAGAGGUGGAGGAAGCGUUCAGUGUGCCGUUGAACUCGCUGAUUGUGCCCAAAGCUACCCGGCACACGCAGUUCCGCAGCGGUUACAGUGGACCCGUCUUUGUGGUGGAUCACCACAGAAUCUGGGGUAUCACCGGCUACCUGACGCACAUCUUUCUGCGUAGCCUGCUGCCAGCCAAUAUGAUGCCCGAGUGCCUCAAGACGAACAUCAAGUAUGUGAGACCCUUCAAGCUGCCGCCCCGACCGCCUCAUCACAAGGAGUCACAGUCGGAUCCCUCAAUGCGUACCUGAGAGGCGAUGUCCUCGCUUGCAACCCCACAGACAACGCUCCAACUCAGGCUGUGCCCGAUGUGAUUGGGCCAGAACUCGGAGCCGCCGCACGCUAGGCUGAAAGUGAUUGUGUUCUUGUAUUAAGUAUACGUUUUUAAUAUGCGCCCAACUCGAUACGUUGAUAUUGUAGCCAUUUACAAAGUAAAGCUGUUGUCAGUUAUAAUCAUGUGAGAAAGCUUAAGACGACUGAGGAACUCCUAUAGCAGAUCUUGCAAAAUAUUUAUUUAACUCCA